AUGACUAUUACAUUGGAAGACCUGAAGAGCGAUAGUUUACAUAAUUUUCAAAAUAAAAGAAAAUAUAAUUGUCGUAUGAAUUUUAAAAGAUUUACUAAAAGGAGAAAUAAAAGUAAAGAAGACAAUAAGGAUAGUCAUAUUAAUAUUAAAACAGCAUUAAUAAAAAAUGAAGUGAUUGGAGAUGAUAAUGAUGAAUUUAUUGAUAAUAAUUUAAUGAGAACAUGUAAUAAAUUUAAACUACAUAAACAUAAUAGUAAAAUAGAAGUAUAUAAAACUAAUGAAAAAAAGUUAGAUAAAUAUGAUUAUGAAAGAGAUCAGACAUUUUGUUCAUUAACUGACCUAGAGGAUGUAGUAAAUGAAGACAAAAAAAAAAGUAAAUUUUUUUUUUAUAAAAAUAAAAGUCUGAAUGAUUAUAAUUCAUGUUUUGAAAAAAAAAAUAGGAAGCUUAAAUGGUUUAGACUAAGAAGAAAAAAAAAGAAGGAGUCAACCGUAGAUGAAAAUUUAAAAUAUUUAAAUGAAUCAGUUUGCUCAAAUUAUAAAGACGCAAAUCAUAGAAAUCAAUUAAAUAAUUCAUCACAAUAUACUAAAAAGUGUGUACUAAACACAGUUAAUGGAAUAAAAGGAGUUUCUGCCUGGAUAUUUUGA